GGCCUCAUGCUACUUGCCCAUAGUGGAGUGAUCGGCUUCUGCUAGUGGAACUCAGUGUGUUCAUGCUGCUUCUCUCCUCCCUUCUUUGCAGGUGCUUCUAUGCAGUGUCAAGGCAGAAAGCGAUUGAGAUGUUAGAGAAGAAUCCUUCUUGGGGAAACUUGAUCCUGCGGCCUGGUAGUGACAGUAAGAACUACUCAGUCACUAUCAGACAGGUGAUAGAUGGUCCAAGCAUAAAGCACUACAGAGUGGUGAACAUGGGCAAAGGUUACACCAUUGAACUGGCAAGACCAGUUAUACGCCAGAGCCUUCAUGAUGUCAUCGAUUACUUUGUGAAUCAAACACAAGGGAGCUUGAAGCCAUUUGUCACACACACGUAUGACAACAAACUGGCCGGACUUUCUUUAGAGCAUGUCCCAAGAGAGAUGCACCCGGCGAUUGCCCCUCAGCCCAGAGCCAAGCCUCCCCGGAGAUCUAUGCCUGAGAAAGUAGCAGCACCACUUCAGGAGUAUCCUGUAACCAGAUACGUGCCUGAAACUCUUGGCAAAGAGACGAAAGAAAGAAAGAAGAGACAAGCAGCUGACAGACAACGUGCAAAUCAACCUCUUUGAAGUGGAGUAUGUAGGAGGGACAGAUGUUUUCUUAGGGAAAAAGUGUCACAUUCUAGCCCUGGAAAUCCCUGUGGGUUAAAUUUAGUAGUACAGUCUCACCUUGUAUCAACUAAUCUCAGAAGCCCGUGGAAUAAAUUACAGCACAUUAAACUGGAUAUCUGUUUCCUAAGGCUUCCAGUUGGUACAAAACAAAGUCCAUCUCCAUGGCUCUAAGCACAUUUGUCUCAGCAACCUUAUGAGACUUUUUGGGACACAGUAGAAUGGUCCCACCCCCAGUCUGACAGCCUCUGUGCUGUUGAGGAGGAUGAAAGUCUCAGGGAAGGAGAACA